CGGCUCGUGUCUUAUUGAACUAGUUUCUUCUAUUUGCGGUCAGCAAAUGCUACUUUUCUACUUAUUUUCUAGACUUAACAGAUCUCUGCUAUUUUAUUUGUAGACUAAAGACAUUUAUUUGAUUUUAUAAGCAAAUAUGUACGCAUCACGCAUCGCGCUAUGGUCGUUUGGAAGAAAACUAACCAACCAACACAACUUUCAAGCAAAUGGAAUUAACUUAUAGAUGUUCACUCACACAUUCAGAGCUACCCAAGAAACAUCAGCACACAAAGGAACAAGUAGUUUGAUCAACAAUAACACGAGUUACAACCUCAUUUGUAUAUUACGUCAAGUUUUUAUUCGAGUCCCGGCGAGUGUCGCCGUCAGCGGCAGUGACAGUUUGUCCCUUUUGUCAAAGUUGUUCUGAUAAGAUAUUGGAAAUAUUACAGAAGCUGUUUUUAUUUGUUUAUCUUUUAUAUUGCUGCUUGUAGUUUGUGUACUGUGUGAUUUGAUACUAUCUACUUGUGGGGACGAUGGGUGAGAAACUACCGUUGAUACCCGAGAAAGGGUCGCUGUGUGCGGACGUGGGCCCCAUCAUCCUGACGGUGUACCGCGAGCUGGACUACCUGCCGCCGCUGACCACGGAGCUGCCCGCGCCGCUCGCCUGCAGCUACCUCGAGCACACGCUGGGCCCGCAGCCCGACCACUGGAUAAAGAAGUAUAAGGCGGAGUGCGAGGACAUGCGGCGGCGCGAGGGCGAGCUGAAGCAGGAGCAGGGGCGGCGCGUGGCGCGCGGGCCGCCGCGCAACGUGUUCCGGCUGCGCGCGCCGCGCCCGCUGUCGCCGCCGCCGCAGUGGCGCCUCGCCGCCGCGCUGCUGUGUCGCCGGGACCUCGUGCCCGGCCUGCACCAGGACGCCGGCCGGGACAACAGUCUGUGGAUACAGAACAUCCUGAACCACAGCUCGUGCGAGGUGAGCUCGGGCGGCGCGACGUCGCGCUCGCUGCCGCCGCCGCCGCGCCUGCCCACCUGGCGCGACGGGGACGCCACGCUGCAGACGCUCAGUAUAGGCGCGGUGGAGCCGCGCGCGCCCCCGCCCCUGCCCUCGCCCCCGCCCGCGCCCCCGCAGCAGGAGUACAUCGUCUGCGUGCCGCCAGAACUCAACUUCAUUAACUUUUCUGUUGGACAUCUUCACACGCAACGCAUCCGGCUGGUGAACGUGUCGAAGUUCGAGGUGCGGCUGUCGCUGCGGCCGCCCGGGCGCCAGGAGCUGGACGUGCAGAUCUCGGGGCCGCGCGGCCUCACCGUCACCUCGGGCGCCGCCGCCGAGCUGCUCGUGCACUUCCGCCCCGCCGACGUGCGCGCCGUGCACGACAUCCUGCUCAUCCGCGUGUCGCUAGGCAGGCACUUCCUCGUGCCCAUAGCCUGCUACAUGCAGCCGCCCAUCCUCGACAUCCUGGUCCCGAGCGUGACGUCGUCUGCGCUGUGGUGCUCCCCGGCGGAGGCGGGCGAGUGCCGCGCGCGCGCCGGCUGCGACGUGCUGGAGCUGGGCGCGCGGCUGCUGGGCGACGUGCACGGCGUGCGCCUGCUGCUGCACUGCCUCGCGGACCACGCGUCCUUCUUCUUGCUCACGGAGGACUCCUGGUUAUCGUAUAGCCUUGAUUGUGUGUCGGCGCGCGGCGUGGUGGUGUCGGGCCCGUUCGUGGUGGCGCCGGCGUGGUGGCGCGGCGGCGGUGGCGUGCGCGGCGGCGCGUGGUGCCGCGCGCGCGUGCCCGGCCUGCACGCCGCGGCGCUGCGCGUGCUCUCCUCCACCGCCACCGUGCGCCACCUGCACGUGCUCGCCGACUCCUUGCUCUUCACACCCGAACAUAUCUCCAUCAUAGCGCAGGAGAAGGACUUCGACAUCUGCUCGGAGGGGGAGCCGGCGUGCCAGUACUACGUGCAGCUCGGCACCGCCUUCCCGCGCCGCGCGCUCGCCGCCACCGUGCAGCUCGUCAACCACAGCCCAGUGGUGUAUUCAUACUACUGGAGCGUGCGGCCCUGGAGCCUGUGCUCGUGCUGGGAGGAGGAGCGCUCCGCCUCGCUGGGGUCGGGGGACUACAGCGAGCGACUCUGUCCCGGGGCCAAGGAGGCACGCGCCAUCGAGCACGAGGAGCCCGAGCAGUACGCCAGCAGACAGGACAACGCGCGUCUGGUGCGCGUGGAGCCGGCGCGCGGCGUGCUGCUGCCGCGCUCGUCGUGCGGCGUGCACGUGCACGUGCCCGACGUGGGCGCGCACCUCGGCGUGCAGCGCGCAGUCCUCAUGUUGGUACUGACGGACAUACCGAAGGAGGCGUUGCCUCCAAACUACGAUGCUAUGAUCGUGAGCGUGAAGGAGGAGACGACGGAGUCAAUACCGGGACUCGAGGGCGAGGUGCGCGAGGUGUGCGAGCUGGUGUGCGGGCAGAUGGAGGUGUGGUGGGAGGUGGCGCCCGUGCGGUUCGUGCUCGACCCGCCCGUGCUCGCGCUGCAGCACUCGCGGAGGGUGACCUCCGUGGCGGUGAACUUCCACGCGACACAGCUCUUUGGGUGCGACGGCACGGAGGUGUCGUGGCAGGUGCCGCAGGGGGUGCGGCCCCCCUCGCCGCUCACCCUCGCCCCCGCGCACACCUGCUCCACACAGCUCCAGUACCCGCUGCCCAGUCUGCCCAAUGAGUACCCAGAGACAAAUAUCAUCACGUUGGUGGCUGCCGCGCAGGAGUGGAUGUCGCAGUGCACGAUCACGCGGCACUGCGCGACGCGCCACCCCGCGCUGCGGCCGGCGCGCGCCUGGCUCGGCGUGGUCGCGCCCGGCACGCCCAUGCAGACCAACUUCUACCUCUGCAACGACACACACCAACACAUCUACUGGUGGGCGGAGCCGUUCCGGUGGUGGGGGGAGAACGAGCCGUCGGCGGCGUGUCGCGGGCGGCGGCCGUGCGAGCACUGCCGCGAGCUGGCCUGCUCGUGCGGCCUGCUGCGGCCCGCGCGCGGCGCGCUGCCCCACGCCGCCCGCGCCGCCAUCCGCUACAGCGUCAACGCGCCCGAGGUACCAUCAUGUCGUGCACACUCUUUCCUCGGCAACAAUACCAACUUUAUUCGCCUGCAGCUGCAGCAAAACAUACAUUCGUAUCGCUACGAACAUCUCGACUUAAUGAAACUGUUUCUGCCGUGGGGACGUGGGAACACAACCAUUUAUAAUGGAGUUGUCUCGUGUCCGUUAUUGGUGAGUGCGACUAGUGUAGUUGUGUGGUGUGCGCAGUGCGACGGGUGCGUGGCGACGUUGGUGCGCGCGCGCCGCACGGAGGGCGACGUGUGCGCCGUGCCGGGCGGCGCGGGCAGCGCGGCGCGCGCCGUGCUCGUGGCCUACCGCGUGCUCGCGCCGCGCCUCGUGCUGCGGCUCAUACCGUGCGCGCGCUCCGCCACCUACCACGACGCUGGCUGCGGGUGCCGGCUGGACGGCGGAGAUGUCGGCGGCGAGGAAGGCGGCGAGGGCGGCGGCGACGCGGGCGGCGCGCGCGGCACGGCCACGCUGCGGCCGCAGCGCGCGCUGACGCUGGGCCGGCGCACGUGCUACCGCCUGCGGCUCACCAACAUCACGCCGCUGCCCACCGCCGUGCACUUCGACGCCGACUCCGGCGACACGGACCAGCUGCGGGCCAAGUUCUGCCCGAGCGAGUGCCGCGUGCGGCCCUACGGCGAGGUGGAGAUCAGGGUGGUGCUGGAGGCGCGGCGCGUGUGCGGGCGCCGGCUGUUCGUGUACCGCGGCCGCGUCGCGCGCGCGCACAAACCGCUCUACCUGCUCAUUGACGCCGCCAUCGCGGGCGUGAAGAUAUCGUGCGAGGUGCCGCUGGGCGGCGCGCUCAAACCUGACUCCUUCGUGGUGAUGCCGCGCAUGCAGAAAGAAGAGUUUUCGUCAGUCAGAGCAAAGCCUUCCACCCCCGAAGAAAUAUUUGCAGAAGAGGAUCGCAAGAGGCAGGCGCUGCGAGGUAACCGCUGCAAACCUUACAGGCACACAUCACACUGGAACUGUUCACCGAGGCACGAAGCAAUAGAGACUAUUGUAAUCUUAUGUUUGUAUGCGAGGCGUCGUGCCCAACAACCGGGCGUUACUCUGCUUACCCCAUUCUCAUUAGAGAAGCAUUCACUAGAAUAUGAUCAUAUAACACAGACGUCACUUUUCCACGAGUUCGGUUCGGUUGCAGAGUCGAAAUGUCGGUGUCCGUUCGAGAUGGUGUACAUCCCGCCGGCGCGCCCGCUAGCGCCGCCUCGCGACGGAGAGGAGCACUCGCCCGUAGAGAUCGUGUGGUCGCCGCCGCCGCUGACGCGCGUGUGUCCGUGCGAGCGGUGCGCGCGCGCGCUGGUGCCCGACCCGCCCGAGCCCGUCUGUCUGCAGUUCCCCGCGCUGCCGCUGCGCACAGUGCGCACGCGCACGAUCCACUUACGCAACGAGUCCGUGGUGACGGCGCGCUGGAGUACUGCGCUGCGUCGCUGGCCGCGCCAGCACUGCCGGUCCCUCGCACCAGACCAGUGGGCGGGCGACGUGCGCGCGCCGGGCGUGGCGCUGCAGGUCGCGCCCAGCGCCGGCGUGCUGGCCGCGCAUGCGCGCGCGCCGCUGCACGUCAGCGUGUACGCCGACUGCUGGGGGCUCUACCACGACCAGCUGCUUAUACUGAUCGACAACAUCGAGCCGAUAGUGCUGGACGUGUGGGUGGAGGCGGUGGGCGCCCCGCUGCAGCUGGCCAUCGCCGCGCCGCCCGCGCCCAGCCUGGACGACAUCCCCACCAUGUGGAUGUCUGCGUCGGACGCGCGCCGCGUGCUGCGCGCCCGCAACACGUCGCGCGCGCCGCUGCUCGUGCACGCGUACACCGCCGCCAGCUACGAGUACCCGCAGGACGAGCUGCCGUUCCGGCUGUACAUCCGCUACUACGACGUGCCGCCGCGCUCCUGCUCCUGCGUCACCGCGUUCCAGGCGGAGCUGGCGGGCGAGUCGAGCGACUCGUGCUCCUUCGUGGAGGUGGAGACCGGCUUCGACAUCUACCUCGCGCCCGACUGCGGCCCGCAGACUGACGGCUACUACUCGGUGACGCCCGAGGUGUGCACGCUGCCGCCCGGACACUGCGCCGACUGGGAGCUGGCGCUGGCCGCGCCGCAGCACGACGCGGAGCGCGCGCCCGACGUCGACCUGUUGCUGCGCCUGCAGCCGCUGCAGUACGCGGGGCCGAGCUGGUGGCGCCCCGAGCCGCCGCCGCAGCGGGUGCGCCUGCGCCAGGUGGAGCGCGCCGGCAGCCUGCGCGUGUCGUGUCGCGAGCUCCGCGUGCGUCUCUGUGCACUCGACCUUCCAUACGGAGACGUGCUAAGGGUCCGCAAGCGCUUCCACGUGAUGAACGUGGGCAGCGGCGUGCUGGAGCUGGGCGCGGAGACGGAGGCGCCGUGGUGCGUGGUGCGCGAGCACACGGCGGCGGCGCCCGACGAGCUGCCGCGCCGCGCGCUCAGCCGCGGCCCGUGCGGCGCCGGCUGCGGCUGCCAGCUGCGUCUGUCCGCGCGCCACCGCGCCGACCCGCUGCGCCUCGAGCCCACCUCCUGUGUAGAGAUGUGUGUGGAGGUGGCAGUGAACACGAGCCAGGUGUGGCCCGCGGCGGCCGCGGCGUCGGCCGGGCCCUGCCAGGCGCCCGUGUACCCGCCGCGCAGCGUCACUGCUACGCCACUGCACAUAUUCGACGAUGACAACGUCCUAAAAACGGUCCAACUGGUGCUGGACCUGGAGUUCCCGAUACUGUGCGUGCAGCCUGCCGUCAUCGACUUCGGCGUGGUGGCCGACGGAGAUACCAGGAAGAUGUACUUCAGCGUGUCCCACACUAGCACCACCAUGACCCUGGACAUUGCAACGCAAUGGGUGGGUGGCCGCGAGUUUAGAAUUUGGCCACCAUUUUUAAGGAUAGCCCCUGGAUGCAGCGCUAAUGUAUACCUGCAAUAUACGGCUAUAUGGCGAGCAGCUCCAUCCGAGGGAUGCGCGCACGUGUUCGUAUGCUGUGGGGCGGGGCAGGCUUUGAAGGCACGCGACUCACAGCCCGGGCAGGUUGGGCACGCUGGGCAGCCCGGGCAGGUUGGGUGGACUGGGCAGCCCGAGCAGACUGCCAAGGCCCCGGAGGCCGCGUGCCUGGCCCUGGGGCAGGAGCUGGCGCGCGCGGCGUGGUGUCGCGCGGCGGUGUCGGUGCGCGCGGCGCCGGCGCGCGACCACAAGUUCCACCAGACGCAGCACGACCACACGGACGACGCGUGCCUGCUGCCGCCCAACGCCGCGCUCUACGCCACACAUUCCCUUUGAAUACGACGAUUGACUCGGCUCUGGAAAAUGUUACGAAAAGGCUUUGUGUUUAGGUACACAGCAGAUCGGAGGGCGCGACGUGCGGGCCGGUGAUGGCGCAGGGCGGCGUGCAGGCGCUGGAGGCCAUGCUGUUCGCGCUGGACGCCGUGGCCCGCGACGGCCUCGGCCCGCCCAAAGUGCGGCUCGGCGCGC